UCUUGAGCAUCGUCAAAGAAUUCUGAUUGAAUAAUCUCUCUGCUCUAUAUAUCUUCUUCUCGUGCUCUGCAAAUUAUAUUUCUGAUAUAUGCACAUUACAUGCUUAUUGUCUUCUGCAAAAUCUUUAUUUCCUAUUUUCAUUAGUUUAAUCUAACCAUUUCUUGCAGGUGUAAUUAGUUUUUUUUUUUUUUUUUUUUUUUUAUCUCUUUCAAUUCUCUAUUGUUCUUGUUUUCUUGGUCUUUUUUUUUUCUUUUUCUAACGCCAUGGAUGUAGGAUCAGUCAAAGUUUCUUCUGAUUUGAAGGUGCAGUCUAGAUGCCCACUUCAAGAUCAGUUUCUUGUUAAAAGGAAUUCUAAGGAAAAUUUGGAUAGAUUCAUACCGAAUAGAUCAGCCAUGGACAUGGACUACGCGCGAUUCAUGCUGACAGCAGGAGGGAGGAAAGGGAAGGAGAAUCCGGCCGGAGGAGGAGAAGCGGCGGUGAGCUCCCCAUCGAGUGAUGCCUACCAGAAGCAACUGGCGGAGGCCUUCAACAUGAACCGAACUCGAAUCCUGGCUUUCAAGAACAAACCACCAGCAUCUUCCGAAUUGAUCCCCAAUGAACAUAUAUCUUCUUCUUUUCAACCUGCCAAACCAACAAAACCUCGUAGAUACAUUCCCCAGACAUCGGAGAGGACAUUAGAUGCCCCUGACAUCGUGGAUGAUUUCUACCUGAAUCUACUGGAUUGGGGCAGUGCUAAUGUUCUUGCUAUAGCCUUGGGGAGCACGGUGUAUCUGUGGGAUGCUUCCACCGGCUCCACAUCGGAACUGGUCACCGUUGACGACGAAGAUGGGCCUGUGACAAGCCUCAGCUGGGCUCCGGACGGUCGACAUAUCGCCGUCGGCUUGAACAAUUCCCGUGUCCAGCUGUGGGAUUCCGCGUCCAAUCGACAGUUGAGAACUUUGAGAGGCGGGCACAACCAUGGAAGCCGAGUGGGGUCAUUGGCAUGGAACAAUCAUAUCCUGACAACCGGAGGGAUGGAUGGUCAAAUCAUAAACAAUGAUGUUAGAGUAAGGUCCCAUAUUGUGGAAACUUACAGAGGACACAGACAAGAGGUUUGUGGGCUGAAAUGGUCAGGGUCAGGCCAACAACUAGCAAGCGGAGGCAAUGACAAUCUUCUUCACAUUUGGGACAGAUCAAUGGCGUCCUCCAAUUCUGCAACCCAGUGGCUACACAGACUAGAAGAGCAUACAUCUGCAGUGAAGGCUCUGGCAUGGUGCCCUUUCCAAGGGAACCUUCUAGCAUCCGGAGGUGGCGGAGGAGACAGGUGCAUUAAGUUUUGGAACACCCAUACCGGAGCUUGCUUGAACACGGUGGAUACAGGGUCCCAGGUAUGUGCAUUGCUGUGGAACAAGAACGAGAGAGAAUUGCUUAGCUCACAUGGGUUCACUCACAACCAGCUUACUCUGUGGAAAUAUCCAUCAAUGGUGAAAAUUGCGGAGUUAACUGGUCAUACAUCGAGGGUGCUGUACAUGGCGCAGAGUCCAGAUGGGUGCACGGUGGCGUCGGCAGCAGGGGACGAAACUCUGAGGUUCUGGAAUGUUUUUGGGGUGCCGGAAACGGCGGCUAAAGCUGCACCGAAGCAGAACCCGGAGCCAUUUUCGCAUUUGAAUCGGAUCCGCUGAAUAGAGGGAA